AUGCACCGCCGGUUCGCCAAGGCCACGCGCAGCGCUGAGGGCCAGCGGAGCCAGGCGCGUGAGUACAGGGACGUCAACGUGCACCGCCCCAAGGAGCACCACGACUACGACGACUACAGACUCGACUGGAGGCCCGUGGAUGGAUACUUCGUGCGGCAGUGCAUCGGGUCUGGGCGGUACAGCGAGGUGUACGAGGGCGCCAACGGCGCGAAGGAGCGCUGCGUCAUCAAGAUUCUGAAGCCGGUCAAGAUGAAGAAGAUCAGGAGAGAAGUGAAGAUACUGGAGACCCUCAAGGAAGGUCCCAACAUCAUCAAGCUGCUGGAGGUCAUAUGGGAUGAGAACAACAAGACACCAAGCCUGGUCUUUGAGUUCUGUAACAACUAUGACUACAGGUUCCUGUAUCCCACGCUGGGACUGGAGGACAUAAGGUACUACUUGUACCAGCUGCUGAAGGCUCUUGACUACGCUCACUCACAGGGAGUGAUGCACAGAGACAUCAAGCCUCACAAUAUAGUGAUCGACCACGACUUGCACAAGUUGCGCCUCAUCGACUGGGGCCUCGCGGAAUUCUACUUUCCAGGCAAAGAGUACAAUGUGCGAGUUGCCUCCCGGCACUACAAGGCUCCGGAACUGCUGGUGGAUUUGACUGACUAUGACUACUCGAUGGACUUGUGGGGUGUGGGCUGCAUGCUUGCAGGGAUGGUGUUCAAGAAGGAGCCAUUCUUCAACGGUGUGGACAAUGCGGACCAGCUGCUGAAGAUCACGAAGGUGCUUGGAACCGAGGACCUGUACAAGUGCCUCGCAAAGUAUGGCGUGGAGCUGGACCCCGCGCUGCGCAAGGCGCUGGGCAAGCGCAAGGGGCGCGGCUUCCUUAAGCAGGUGACCGACCACAACGAGCACUUGGCGGACGACGACGCCCUGGAUUUGAUGGCCAGGCUGCUGCGGUUCGACCACCAGGAGAGGAUGACGAGCAGGGAGGCCAUCGGGCACCCCUUCUUCGCGCCCAUCCGGGCGUGGGAAGGCGGCUGA